AUGGCACUGGCAUCCUGCAAAGUUCGACAUGCUCGCCGAGAAGAUGUACCGAUAAUUCUUCAACAAAUUCGUGAGUUGGCUGACUACGAGCAUGAACUCGAUUCGGUUGAAGCAACCGAGGCCACGCUUCUUUCUACCAUUGCCUUUGCUCCCGAUAAUGUUGAAUCAACUUCUACUGCCCCCAAUACCGAGUCCACAUCGCCUUCGAGGCCGGCGCGAUGCCUCCUUCUAUUUAAUGAAGAAGAUAAACCGGCUGGUAUGGCGCUGUACUUUUACAACUAUAGCACAUGGCGAUCAAAAGCAGGUAUCUACCUCGAAGAUUUAUUUGUUCGGCCGACGGACCGGAAAAAGGGCUACGGGAAGAAGCUUCUUGUUGAGUUGGCUAAGGAGGUGGUGGCAACAAAUGGUGGUAGGCUCGAAUGGAGCGUGCUGAAGUGGAACGAGCCGAGCAUUCAAUUCUACGAAUCUAUUGGAGCUAAGAAGAUGGACGAUUGGGUAGGGAUGCGAGUCGAUCGCGAGGGCUUAACUAAGUUAGCUGGCCUGUUAGACUGA